UAUGUAUAACGUCGUUAUUACUAAUUGGGUUACCGACAUUUUGAAUUAUGUACAAUCGAUAUCCGGGGGCGGUGAGUAAGACCAUGUGUAUUGAGGAACCUGUCCACAUCCCGUCACGUGACAAGUUUUACCCUGGGCAAGGAAGCAGGCUGUUGAUUUAUAUGCCUUUAUAACCGCCACACGCCUCGUUUCGACGCUCAUUAACAUAUCAAACAGCAGAAAAGCAACGCCGCAUAUGAGACGGAACUAGCAUGUGUCAUAAGAUGGAAAAAGCACUCAGCGAGCAGGCAAAGUUUCACCAAUAAUACUAAUGGCAACUUAUCAGAGAAAUAACUGACACGCCUAAGGCGAUGCCUGUAUUCGUGAAAAACAGGUUACGAACACGAAACGCCAGGAUUGCUUUGAAGAAAGUAAGAAGUAAGUGGUUUGCACACAGAUUCUACUUCGACUAUGUAAGAGAAUUCUUCCUGUACACUUCGCAACACGGCUACAAGUACAUAGCUCAACCUAAGGCGACGCCCGUUGAAAGGAUGUUUUGGAGUGUGUUGGUGCUCACUGCCGUAGUUUCUGCAGUUCUGAUAAUGGGAAUCGAAUGGAAUUUCCACCUGUCCAAAUAUACAAUAACGAGCGUGGACACAGCGCACCACCCACUGUGGAGCGUACCGUUUCCUGCCGUCACCGUCUGCGGGUUCAACAAAGUACAGAGAUCGCAAGCCAUUGAUUUAAUCAAAGAACUAAAUCUACCGCCAGGAGUAACAAAGGAAAUGGUGUUCAGUGACAUGAAAUUCCUAUUGGAACUGCUAGAGCCUAGUGAACAAAAUCAGACUAAAUUUUUACAACUUCAGUCAGUCCUGGAUUACAACAACGUCACGGUGGAGACCGUAAUGAGGCGAGUUGCGCCCGAAUGUGAGGACUUUCUGAUGCGAUGUGGAUGGAAGGGUCGUGUUCAGGAAUCAUGCUCUACAUUGUUCAGACUACACAAGAGCUAUGAAGGCUACUGUUGCUCUUUCAAUUAUAUCGGCAUCAAAGAAGAAAUUCUCAAGUAUGUACAGGCUUACGUUCUGUUUCAAGACUUAAAUUAACUUCAGUCUUGGACCAGCGCGACCAAGGAGCCCAACAGACUAGGUUUUUUCCCCCCAAACCGGGCAUCUAUUCAGAAUCGAAACUAAGUUCCGAAAAGUCAUGGUUUAAAAAGAACGCUGACAAUGGAUAAAUCCCAACAGAAUUGUAAAAACACAGAUUUCCGCCGUCAAAACAUCCAUAAUAACAUAUGCCUUAA